CAACUAUUCCGCCGGUAUCAGUCUUUACCGAGAGCAGAACGCGGCCAUACUUUCAAUACCGUCGUACCGAUUUCUCAGAGUGAAAAAAGAGUUCCGUAAGAUUGAUCCAAGAAAAAAACGAGAAUUAAAUAACAGACAUGAGGCUGAACUCCGUCAUCCCCAACUUCAAAGCCCAAACCACCCAGGGACCGAUAGAUUUCUACAAAUGGCAGGGAAACUCGUGGGUGGUGCUGUUUUCUCACCCGGCUGACUUCACGCCGGUUUGCACAACGGAGCUGGGACGAAUCGCGGUUCACGCUCCGGAAUUCGCAAAGCGAAACACGAAAGUGCUCGGACUUUCCUGCGACAAGCUCCAGGACCACGUCGACUGGGUGAACGACAUUAAGUCCUACUGCCAGGACAUCCCCGGGGACUUUCCUUAUCCCAUUAUAUCCGAUCCCGAUCGCACCCUCGCGGUACAGCUGGACAUGAUCGACGAGGAGAACCGGAAGAAUCCCGAUUUUGCGCAGACGGUCAGAGCGCUUUACGUUAUCAGCCCUGAUCAUCGUCUUCGCCUGGCGAUGAUCUACCCGACUUCGACUGGACGCAACGUCGAUGAAAUUCUCAGAGUCAUUGAUUCCCUCCAGCUGGUCGAUCGCAUCCCAGAAGUUGCAACACCAGCCAACUGGGUGGUAAGUGACUUAAUUAUAUUAAAACGAUUUCACGAAUUCACAAGAUCUAAAAUCAUCAAGGUCCAACAAUCAUUUCACAGACAAGUUCAUCCGGUUAUGCCAAUUUUUACAGUCUCAUGACUUGUCCGUCUGUAAAACCUGUCAAGUAAUUAAUGUCUCAUAGAAAUCAUGCUAUUUAAUGACAUUUCCCUCUUCAGCCUGGAGACAAGGUAAUGAUUCUUCCGACGGUAAAAGAUGCGGAUAUUC